CCUAACGUAAAAUGUGUAGCAGAUUACGAUCUUGCCCUCGCUGAACAUUACCAUACGCUUCAUCGGGUAAACCUAUACAUCGUAUUCAUCAUAUUCUUGUUCAGCCGUGCACUGCGUCUUCUCCACUUCGUCAUAGGGGUCGUCUGACGAGCAGGUAUUAAAUAUAGUGUUGUCUCAUUGUGAGUGGGAGAAGCUUAGAACAUGGCCUCAUCAGAUGAUGAGGAAGAGACAUUUGCAGAUACUAUCUCGGAAUACUAUUUCUGUGAUGGGGAUGAUGAACCCCUUUCAUUUUCAAUAUUACCUCUGCAAUGGAAUGAGAGUGAGAGUGAGAGUUCAAGCCCUACUACAGGAAUCUUUUUGAGGGGCACUGCAGAUAAUGGUCUUCAAAAGCUAUACAAAGCAGUGAAGGCAUGGAAGUAUGAUUUAUCAAAAUCUAAUCCCGAGAUUUCAGUGCUUUCCAAAGAUAACCAUUGGAUUAAGCUUCAAAAGCCUAGAAAGAGUUUUGAAAAUGAGAUUAAGACAAUUCUGAUUACUGUGCAUUGCCUAUCCUACUUGAAAAGAAAACCAGAAGCAUCAGGGAAAUCUCUGUGGGACCACCUCUCUAAAGUUUUCAGUUUGCAUGAUGCCAGGCCUUCAGAGAAUGAUUUGAGAGGUCAUAUGAGCUUCAUUAGAGAUGCCGUAGACAGGGAUGAAACAUUGGCGAAAUCCAAGUUUUUGGCUGCAUUUUUGGAGAAUCCCAGAAAGAGGAAAGUUUCUGAGGAGGCUGAAACUGCUACAAAGCCGAGCUUUAUAGUUGAUGAUGCAAAUGAUGAUGACUUUGUCACAGAGGCCAAUGAAGAUAGUGAGUCGGAUGAAGAGGAGGAUCCUUUUGAUUCAGUUUGUGCUAUAUGUGAUAAUGGUGGUACACUUACCUGUUGUGACGGGAAAUGUUUUAGGUCAUUUCAUGCAACCCCAGAUACUGAGGAGGCAGAAGAAUCCAAUUGUAAAUCUCUUGGCCUAACUCCUGACCAAGUGAAGAGAACACAACAAUUCCUGUGUGAUAAUUGUUUGUAUAGCCAACACCAAUGCUCUGUUUGUGGUAAACUAGGGUCUUCUGAUAAAUCUUCUGGUGCUGAGGUUUUUCGUUGUAGUUCUGCAACUUGUGGCCACUUUUAUCACCCAAAAUGUGUAGCAAAGAUUCUACAGCCGAAUGUUGAAGCUGAACAGAAGAAUCUUCUAGAAAAAAUCGGUGCAGGGGAACCAUUCAUAUGCCCUGCCCACAAAUGCGAUGUCUGUAAGCAAACAGAAAAUGAAAAAGUGAAAGACUUGCAGUUUGCUAUUUGCAGGCGAUGUCCAAAAUCAUACCACAGGAAAUGCUUACCAAGGGGUAUUAUGUUUGAGUCUCAAGCUGGUGAUGAUGACAUAGUCCGAGCUUGGGAUGAUCUUUUGGGUAAAUCCCGUGCAUUGAUAUAUUGCUUAAAUCAUGAUAUUGAUAAGAAGCUCGGGACCCCUGCAAGAACCUUAAUAUUUCGAAUUAAUCGCCAUAGCAUUAGCAAGAUGGAUCAACCAUCAAAACUGCCAUUGAAGAAGAAGGAAACAUUAGAUACAGAUUCAGAAUACACAAGCAAGAAGCCUGUUACUGUUAUCAAGUCACAGAAAGGUGGCGAAAAAUCUUCAGCCACUAAAAUGGAAGAUUCUUCUUCCAAGAAGAGAGCAGCAGUUGGGUCGGUGCCCUUGAAGAAGAAGAAGAAACUAGCAGACACCUCUCUAUCUCUAAGGAGGUCUUUGUCAGCAAAAAUCAAGAUGCCUAGCCCUAGCUCAAAUGAUGGUCAACCUAGCUUGGGGUGUAGAUUGUUUGAAUAUAUGAAUAAAGGAAUGGAACCAAACAAUUUGGAGAAGGAUGACAUGUCAGUUGAUGAGAGCAAGCAAAUUUCAUCUCCUAUAGAUGAAGAAUCAAAACAGAGAAUAUUGGAUCUGAUGAAAGAUGCUGCUUCCUCUAUUACACUGGAGGAGGUGAAGAGGCACCACACAGAGAAAGUACCAUCAACACAUGCAAUUUCAUCAAGAGUGGACAAAUCCAUCAUCUUGGGCAGAGUGGAAGGUGCUGUGGAGGCUCUUCAUGUAGCUUUGAAGAAGCUUGAAGAAGGAUGCAGUCUUGAAGAUGCAAUGGCUGUCUGUGAGCCUGGUGUUCUUGACCAGUUAAUGAGGUGGAAGGAUAAGCUCAAAGUCUACCUUGCACCAUUUCUGCAUGGCAUGCGUUAUACAUCUUUUGGUCGUCAUUUUACAAAAGUGGAAAAGCUGGAGAAGAUUGUUGAGAAGCUCAAAUAUUAUGUUGAAGAUGGUGACACAGUGGUUGAUUUUUGCUGUGGGGCAAAUGACUUCAGUUUCCUUAUGAAGAAACACCUUGAUGAGAUGGGAAAAAACAAGUGCUCUUUCAAAAAUUACGAUAUUACCAGACCAAAGAAUGAUUUCUACUUUGAGAGGAGGGAUUGGAUGUCUGUUCGUCCAAACGAAUUGCCAAAAAGCUUUAAAUUGAUCAUGGGACUAAACCCUCCAUUUGGGAAAAAUGCUGCUCUUGCAAAUCAGUUUAUACAACAGGCAGUUAAAUUUAUGCCUAAGCUUAUCAUUCUUAUUGUUCCCCCUGAAACUGAAAGGUUAGAUAGUGAAAAGCAGAAAUGUCCAUAUGAUCUAGUCUGGGAGGAUGCUGAAUUGUUAGCUGGGAAGUCAUUUUAUCUUCCUGGAUCGAUUGAUGUGAAUGCAAAGCAAAUGGAUCAAUGGAACAAUACUACACCAGUCCUGUACCUGUGGAGUCGUCCAGAUUGGACAAACAAGCAUAAAAGUAUCGCCCAACAGCAUGGCCAUAUACAUACACAACCCCGAGCUGAUGAAAAUCUGCUUCAAAACGAGAAGAAUGACAUACAAGUGGUGGAUCUUCCUCUUCCUCUUCCUGUUCCCCUUAUCCUUGAUGAUCUUCCAACAGAUAAAACAAAAAAGGAAAGGGAAACCCCUAAAAAGAAGCAGCAGAUCCAGUCCAAUCAGACUUCAUUUUCAAAAAAGAGAAGACGGAAACAAAAGGAUAAACAAUCUCAGAAGAAACUUAAACUUGAGGAUAAAUAUUCUCGUGGUCAAGGUCAAGAUGAAGACGAUAAGCCAGUUCCUGAACCACCCCAGAAACUUGACAUUAAGCAUCCUUCCCCGGGUCCCACUCCCACUCUCAUUGUUGAAGAUGAAGCAAGUCACCGACAUUUGGAGAGGAGGUAUAACCCACCGCCACCUACCUCUGAGGUGAUGGAUUAUAAUAGCUCUGCCUCUCGCUCUCGGACUGAUAUACUAAGUCAAUCGGUCAACCAACAUCGCUACAAUACCCCCACCCCCAUCCCCAUCCCCGCCACCACUGAAGAAGCACCACCUUACAUGGGUGGUAGUGGUAGUGGUACAACAUAUAGGCGACCCGAUUCUGCUAAUAAUAACAAUAAUCUUCCUACUCCUAGCAGCGGCUAUUCGAUGAGACCCGCUGAGGCUUCUGUUCAGUAUCAUCAUAAUCCGGGUCCAGGGGGGUAUGAUAGUAGGGGGGGAUCUUAUGUUGAUGAGAUGAGGGCAGGGGGUUCAAGGAGAUAUGGUGGUCAUGAUAUGGCAUCAUAUAAUAACAGCAACAGGGCCGGCACAUCUACAAUGCAACGGUAUGCGCCCAGGCUGGACGAGCUCAACCAUACAAGGAUGGGGCCAAUGGACGACAUGAAUCACUCCAGAAUGGGAAACUCCAGACGCCCUGAACCACCACCUAUGCCUAUGGGUAUGGGUAUGGGGAAUAAUAAUAAUAAUAAUAGGGGCUUCGGGGGUUAUGGUCCACCCAUGCAUGGACCUGGCUUCGGUGCGGAGCCCAUGGGGUUUGCCCCUGGUCCAUACAACCCCUAUUCACACCAUAAUUCCUCAGGUGGUUGGCUCAACGAGUAGUCUAGUCAUUCAAUACCUUCACUUUUGCAUUUGCAUCACCUGUUUGUUUGUUGGCUCACAUAUUCAACUCUACUUCUGUAUUAUUUUCAUAAUGUUUUUGAAUACAACAUAACAGGUAUGUAUGUAUGGAGAACGACAGCUUAUGGUUUUUCA